AUGACGAAGGCGAAGAUCAUCUUCGAUAUCUUCGUGGAGGAGAUGUCGCAGCAGAGGGUCAUGAGACAGUUUGGACUGCGUCAGCUGAUCGAGCCACCACCUCCCACAGUUCCUCUACCACCACGCGUCCACGCGUACAACAGAAAAGGAGCGAAUAAGACUGCUGCUGGAUGGUUGCAACUCCUCGCUCCAUACAUCACCGGUUGGGCCAAUGCGCCGACAGUUUCAUGGGCCACCAUGGAGGCAUUUGAUCUUCAGGAAUUUGAGCACUACUUGCGGGCAUACAUGCCUAGGACACGACUUCGGCUGAGCCAGGCGUGUGACCCAGAUCAGAGGGAUCCCUCGACAAUGUGGGACACCUACCCUCGUCACUCCACUUCAGGCACUCGGCAUCACGCAGCCGUGUUGACGGCGGAGCUGCAAGAUGACGCCGCCCAGUAUGCACGCUCGCUCUCCUCCGGCCCACUUCUUGGACGGUAUGAGCACCACGCCUCCUUUGCACAGCGUCUUCAGGACAAACUACGUCGUAUCUACGCGACUAUCACAUGCACGCGAUCUUCGGAUGUUGCCGAGUACCGAGCAGCACAGCGGCCACCUCGUCCCUCUUUGCAGGUGCAUCAGCCACGGCACGCCCCGUGCCCACGUAUGGAGGUACCGCCGAGCCCGAGGCCACCAUCUCCUAACCAGGCAGGAGGUUCUGGGUGGCAAAACUAG